UUUUAGUAGCUUUCGCACAUCUAUAUAUACGGGCUCUCAUUAAACGUAGAGAAGCAAAAAAACAAUAGAGCAUAUACUAAGAAAGACUGAAAGAAGAAACAAAAGCAAGAAUGAAAGUAUCACAAGUAUUGCACAUGAAUGGAGGUGUUGGAGAAGCAAGCUAUGCAAACAACUCCUUAGUUCAGCAACAAGUGCUUUCUUUGACAAAGUCCAUUAGAGAAGAAGCCAUAACUAGUCUCUACUGCAGUGCAUACCCAAAUAGCUUAGCAAUUGCAGACUUGGGUUGCUCUUCUGGGCCAAACACUUUGUUGGUGGUAUCAGAAUUUAUCAAGGUCGUGGAAAAGCUUUGUCGAGAGUUGAAUCAUGAAUCUCCCGAAUACAAGGUCUUCUUGAACGAUUUGCCGGGUAACGACUUCAAUAACAUCUUUAGAUCUCUUGAUAACUUCAAAAAGAGACUGCACGGUGAAACAGAAACUGAAAUGGAUCAGUGUUAUAUAUCUGGAGUUCCUGGUUCUUUCUAUGGCAGGAUUUUUCCUAAUCAAAGUUUGCAUUUUGUCCAUUCCUCUUACAGCCUUAUGUGGCUAUCUAAGGUUCCGGAGAAUGUGAACAACAAUAAGGGCAACAUUUACAUGGCUCGUACAAGCCCCUCAAAUGUACUUACUGCGUACUACAACCAAUUUCAAAGUGAUUUUUCUCUUUUUCUCAAGUGUCGUGCAAAGGAAGUAGUUGAAGGUGGUCGCAUGAUUCUAACAUUUUUAGGAAGAAAAAGUGACAAGAAGUAUAGCAAGGAGUGUUGCUACAUUUGGGAACUUAUGGCUAUAGCUCUUAAUGAUAUGGUCUUGCAGGGAACCAUAAAAGAAGAGGAGCUUGAUACUUUCAACAUCCCUCAAUACACUCCAUCUCCAUCGGAAGUGAAAUUGGAAGUUCUCAAAGAAGGAUCAUUUACCAUCGAUCGAUUGGGAGUUUCUGAAGUGAAUUGGAAUGCUCUUGAUCAAUGGAAUGCUCUUGCUUGUGAGUCUCAAAUGUCUGAAUCACUUGGCGAUGGUGCAUACAAUGUCAUGCAGUGCAUGAGAGCCGUUUCUGAACCUUUGCUAGUUAGACACUUUGGAGAGUCUAUUAUUGAUGAGCUCUUUGAUCGCUAUCAAGAAAUCUUAGUUGAUCGGAUGUCCAAGGAAAAAACUAAAUUUGUCAAUGUCACCGUAGUAUUGACUAGAAAUCCAUAAAAAAUUAUUUAGGGUUUACAAACGCCCAUUUUCUCGAAUAUAUUUAGAAAGUUGUGGUGUGUUGCUGGUUAUCUUUGUUUGUCUAGUUAACAGUUAGCUGUUUUGAUUUAACAAAAAAAAACACAUGGAGUACUAUAUGUGUUCUAUAUAUGCUAGCAAUUAUAUGUAAUAUGUCCUAAGUUGUAUAAUAAAUUUAUUUACGAGGGUACUGUGAUAAAAUUUUCAUGUAA